AUGGUUGCAAAACCAUGUGUUCCAAAAGGUCAUUGUGCAGUAUAUGUAGGAGAGAGCCAGCAGAAGAGAUUCGUUGUGCCAGUAUCAUACUUAAGCCAGCCUUUAUUUCAAGACUUGUUAGCUAAAUCCGAAGAGGAGUUUGGCUUUGAUCACCCAAUGGGUGGCCUUACAAUACCUUGCAAAGAGGAUGUGUUCGUUGAUCUUACAUCCCGAUUAACAAGAUCACAGUGCAAAUUAUUCAACAUAUGA